AUGUCAGAAGUACCAAAUAUACAUUACAUGAGUGCCCAAUUCUUCCAACUUUUGAUAAAGAAUUGGCUGACUCAUAUACAUUACAGCAAGAAAUACUCUAAUCAAGUUCUUAUCGAUUUUGAGCGUCUAAAUUGGAUACCAGAGAUUCGGCCUUCGAUUGAUCAUCUCGAAAAAUAUACCUUUUUACCCAUAAAGCCUAAAGAUAUAAAGAAAAGACUCAUGAGUAAGAAAUCCAACUCUUCCCCAGGUCCAGACUCCAUUACGUACGGAAUUCUGAAGAAAUUUCCAUGCUGCCAUCAUUUCCUUGCUACGCUCUUUAGCAAGAUUAAUGAGUCUUGUAUUCCUCCGUCUUCUUGGACUACUUGUAAUGUUAUCCCAAUCUACAAGAACGGAGAAAGCAAUGAUCCCGCCAAUUGCAGAAUGAUUGCACUAUCCUCUUCAAUUGGAAAAUUGUACCAUCAAAUUCUUUCUGGAAACCUUGAGAAUUAUUUGAUAAAGAACAACAUCAUAAACUCUGACCUACAAAAAGCAUUUAUCAAGGGUAACUCAUGA